AUGUCAUUUGUUAUCAGAAGACAAUUGUCUACAUUGAUCCCACCAAAGAUUGCAUCAGCAAAGAACCUUGCUUCAGCACCCAAUGCAAAGAGAAUGCAAGAGGUUGUUUCUUUUUACAAGAAGUUGCCUCAAGGCCCAGCUCCUGCUGCUAAAAAGUCAGCUAACCCAUUGUUGAGAUACAAAGCCGCUUACUUUGACGGUGAUAACGCUUCAGGAAAACCAUUGCUCCAUUUGGCUGUUGCAGUGCUCCUUUUCGGUUACGCUUUGGAGUACCAACACUUGAAAGCUCACCACUAA